AUGGCUUUACCAUUGCCCUCGACUCCCAAAACUCCAUUCACAACGCCAAAGAAAGUGCGUUCCAUGCGCACCCCCACUGUUGCUGAAAAUUCGGAGGGUUUUGUGGCCCCCACAACCCCACGCAAUCUCGCGACCCCCAAAUCAAACAGGGCCGCAAAUACCCCAGAAUGCUUCAGUACCGUGACCCUCGAGACCCCAAAUUCGGCCCUGAAGCGACGAAGCAGCAAAGAGAAAUUCGACAGAGUGAGUAAUUUAACAGUUGCUGUGCGGAUUCGCCCCAUGAACUCGCGCGAAUUGGCAUGUGUGGGGGCUGCCAAUGUCGUCAAAGUGCGAAACCAGGAGUUGGUCAUUCGGUCCAACCCUCUGGGCAACUCCGCAAUGAGUCUUGACCAUGUCUUUCAAUACGACCACAUUUUCUGGUCGUGUGACGAGAGCGAUUCGUUGUAUUCGAGCCAGGAGGAUGUUUUCACCACCGUCGGACAGCCCCUCUUGAAUAGCGCCUUCAGGGGGUACAACGCGUGUCUUUUCGCGUACGGGCAAACCGGCUCGGGGAAAAGCUUCAGUAUGAUGGGGCCCACCACCUGUGACGUUGUCGAUAUUGACUCGGAGUUCUCCGGCAUUACGCCACGGUUUUGCCGCGAGUUGUUUGAGAGGGUAUCAGAGUUGAGUCCGCAAUCGUCGGUUUCGGUGGAAGUUAGCUAUUUUGAAAUUUACAACGAGAAAAUUCACGAUUUACUUGCCAUCUCAAAUUCGGCGAGUAAAACGCCCCUGAAAGUGAGGGAACACCCGGAGUGGGGGCCCUACGUUGUCGAUUUGAGUGUUCAUAACGUCAAGUCGUACAAGGAGCUGCGAAAUUGGCUGCUUUUGGGGAACAAAAAUCGGGCAACAGCUGCGACCACAAUGAACGAAAAGUCGUCACGAUCUCACAGCAUUUUCUCGAUUGAGUUGUGUCUAACUGAAGGGCUCGGAGAAAAUGAUAGCAGUCGGAGGAGCAAAGUUAGUUUAAUUGAUUUAGCAGGGAGUGAGAGACUUGUAGGCUCGCACAAUAGUGAUGAAAAAAUUCGGCAAGGUGUUAGCAUCAACAAGUCACUUUUGACACUUGGAAAAGUCAUCUCGGCUUUAGCCGAUCAGAAGAAAAAUCAAUUCGUGCCAUACAGAGAUUCGGUCCUGACGUGGUUAUUAAAGGAAAGUUUAGGUGGCAAUUCAUUAACUUGCAUGUUGGCGACCAUAACACCGGCAAAUACGCAUCUGGACGAAACUUUGGCCACUUUACGGUACGCCUGUCAAGCACGCACGAUCGUGAAUCGCGCCAGAAUCAACGAAAACCCGCACGAUCGCCUAAUUCGCGAAUUGAAGUCUGAAGUGCAAAGACUGAAGGCCUUGAAGCAGGACUACGAACGGCACUCGCUGCUCAAUUCAUCGUUUACUCAAGCCAAUGUUAGCAACAGCGAAGAGUUGGAUGAAUUGAGAGGCAAGUUGCAGCAAGCUGAGGAAAAAUUGCUCAGUGCUGAAGACAGCUGGAAGCAGAGAUUCAUGGAGAGUACAAAACUGCAGCUGAAGGAGUUGGCAGAGUCGGAGAAACGUCGCGAAGAGUUGGAAUCGAAAGUGCGAAUAAUGAACACCGUUGACACUAACUUGGACAUCUCCCUUUACAAAACGAAUUUUUUGGAAAAAUUGGAAGAUGUGCUUACAGAUGAGUCUGUAGAUGAGUGCCAAAAUCUCGAUCGGAUUGUUGAUUAUUGUUAUAAGAAUAAUUUGCUGUGUACGUUCACUUCAUCAACGGUGACAGUUUUGGACACUGGUAGAAGAAAGCAAACUGUUGUUUUGUUAAAAGAUGUCAACAAAGUAAACAACUUUGGGGAUAUUGGCGAAUUUUUACAAAAUUUAACGUGGACGGAGGUCAAAAAGGACUCGAAAAAAUUGUCCAAGAGUGAAGUUAGGUCGUCAAUAAACCAAAUUUAUCAGAUUUUAAAUAGCUUACAACCGUCCGAUAAUGACAAUAACUUAAAUUUGUUGUUCGCUAAAGUCAAUAAGUCACUGCAGGCUUUCGAAGCAGGCUUGUUACAUAAUUUAACCAGAUGUAAUAGCCAAAAAACUGUGAGUUUUAAUUUAUAAUUAGUCUAUUUUUAGUUUUGUAUUUUUUUGUAAUAAAAAUUAAUUUUUUAA